AGGUCACUGCAGUUCACAACAGAGUUAGCAGAAGCUAGCAGCAGUUAGCAGCAGCCUCAGCCCGGUCUCCAUCCUCUCCUUUAUUCGCCUUAAACACUGACAGCUGAUCAUUUGUUGAGCUUCACUGUCAGUUUAUUCCAACAUUUAACUUCCAGGAUCUCAGUGACGGAGUUUAACCAACUUCAACCAACAAUUUCUCAGCGAGAAGAUGAAGCUAAACAUGCUAACAGCCCUGACCCUCCUCCUCUGUCUGCUGCCUGCAUCAACGCGUGGACACAAACCCGGUGUCGUCAAAGUGCAAGUCGACAGCGAUGCCAUCUUGCCCUGUUCCCCCAGCACCAAGGAGAACCUCGUAUUAAAAGUGUUCGACUGGAUAAAGGAGAAUGACAUUCAGAGGGACGUGUUCUUGUAUGCCUCAGGCGUUACUAGCACCGGAGCCGACAAGUUCAAAGGUCGAGUUUCACAUUUUACGGAUGAACUGAAGAACGGCAACGCCUCCAUCAUCAUCAGAAAUGCAAAGAUAGAGGACAGUGGAAACUACACCUGUGUUUUUCCACAUCUUGAAUCACAGGAAAGAUUCCACGUUGAGCUUGUUGUUGAUUCUGUUCUUAAAGACAGAUAUGGAAAAGAAAAAGGAGCUUCUUCAAAGCCACACAUCAUGAGAGUUAAUGUCACAGAGGACAGGAUCCAGCUGCAGUGUCUUGUUCAAGGUGCUUCUUCAAAACCUGAAGUACAGUUCCAGGACAGUGCUGGAAACGUCCUUCCUGCUGAGGAGCAUCAGAUCUUUGAAAGCGGACAACGUUACACCGUGAUCCUCAUCACCACUGUGACCAAGACCGACCUCUUCCGCUGUGUCGCCAAGCAGAAGGAAAUCCACCAUGAGACUUCUGCUGAGAUCAACGUGACUGUCUAUGAGAAACAGUUUGAGGACACGUGCAGCAAAGCAGCCGUCACAGGAUGGUUUGUUGGAGUCUUCUUCUUGGGAGUUUUUUCGGUCGUUGCAGUUCAAGCUUUGGUUGUACGUACAAAGAACAUCAAAAUACAUAAAGGUCCUUGUCAGCAGACACAGACUUCUGAUGAUUCUUCUAAAGGUUCUUCUGAAAGUGAUGAACCACUUAAAUCACUUGCUUGAUGCUGUAGCUUCAUCGUUAACCUUACAAUCUGCAGCCUGAAUGAACAUCAGGCUCAACAAAGAUUCAACAGAUUUCACAAACAUCAGGACUUUUGUGUGGAUGAACUCUGUGUGUUAGUUUGAAUGUUUUUGUUUGUUUCAUUUCUAUCUUUCCUCCCUAUCUGUCCUCUGCUGGGCCUUUCUGUGUAGAGUUUGCAUGUUCUCCCCAUGUCUGCGCCUGAGUCCGGCUUCCUCACAGUCCAAUGCACUUAAUACUUUACUACUCUAAAUACUUUAA